UACGCGUAAUCAGACGCCGCCGCCGCCGCCGCCGCCGCCGCUGCCGCAGCAGAAGACUUCACAAACGACACAGCUGCCGCUCUCCGAACCAGAACAUCCCGGGCUUCACUUUGAAAACAGAUAAAAUGAAUCAAGAAGAAAAAAGUGACCGGGCUAUGCUGACUGCAAUGCAUCUAGGAGACAUUAAAGCACUGAAAGAACUGAUAUCAGAGGGUGCUGAUCCAAAUACGAAGGACUGCAAUGGCCGCCCCAUCAUAUUACAUGCAGCAAAAAAUGUGGAAAUUCUCAGAUAUUUAUUGGAAGAUGUUCACGUUCCAAUAGAAGCCUGUGAUAAAUGUGGCUACACACCUCUUUUGAGAGCAUCAUCAAGUGGAAACCUAGAUGCUGUGAAGUACCUGGUCUCAGCUGGUGCCAACCUCUUAGCCAGAACUGCAGUGGGUGAGACAGCACUGCACCUUUCUGCUCGCACUGAGUCAGUGGAGACUUUCCAAUUCCUCCAGCAGUCUGGAAUUCCAAUGGAUAUAGUGGAUAUCCGAGGCAGAACUGUGCUUCACCAUGCAGCUCAGUUUUCAUGUCCAAAGAUGGUGGAAUACAUCCUACAAGGGGGCUGGUGGCCUGUUGACUGCCAAGACAAGAAUGGACAGACACCACUGAUGUUGACGGCAGACUUCCCAAGAAGUGAGAAAGAUGGUGUCAUAUAUAUUCACUGGCGCAGUAUGUCAGAUGGAUAUGUAAACAAGGUUAUAAGGCUUCUUGUUGAUGCUGGGGCUGACCUUUCAAUAAAGGAUGUGCUUGGAAGGACUGUGCUUCACAGAACACUGGCAAAUAAGGAAAAUUUUAGAUUUUUGUGGGACAAAUGUCCAGAAUUCACACACUCUGUUGAUAAGAAAGGACAGACACCAGUACACAGAGGACUCUUAACCUUUCGCUAUCAUUAUGACAUGAGGUAUGUGGUACAGGAGUUGCUGGCAGCAGGUGCAGAUUACAAAUCACCUGAUGAAGAUGGGAAGACAGCUUUCAGUUUGGCAGUAGAGCAACAAUGUUAUGAUAUUGUGAAGUCAAUAGUGAAAGCAGGAGCUGAAACAUCAUGUUGUGGUAAAGACACAGUUACACAAAUUCUCCACCUUGCUGUAUGGAAUAAUGAUUUUGAGUUAACUAAAAAAGUAAUUGCUGAAGGAGCAGACGUGAAUGGCAGAACAAUUUGUUGGAGGUAUCCACCAUCAACAGAAAAAGGCCACACUGUAAGAUGUUUGGGAUGCCGCGCUGCAGCAGGUGGUGUAGUGCACGAUGAGCUGUCAGGCCACUCCCCUCUUUUUAAGGCUCUUCAUUCCUUGAAGAUGGUCAGAUUGCUGAUUGAUGCUGGAGCAGAUGUGAAUUUCAAAGAUGACUAUGGUUGCACUCCACUUCACAGAGCCCUUGAACAUGGACAUUUUGAGGUCUUCGAAGUGCUGCUAGAUGCAGGUGGUGAUCCAAAUAUUGUAGAUGUCUGUGGAGUAUCCCUGCUCCAUACAGUAGCAUCUAGAUCUGCAGCAAACAAGGGAAUAAUACAGCUCACAAGAAAGAUUAUAGAAGCUGGAGCCCGAGUGGACAAGACUGACCAUAAUGGCAGAACACCACUACGUUAUGCGGCAAGGGCAGGAAAUUAUAAGGUCUUGGAAGUGCUGCUAGAUGCAGGCGGUGAUCCAAAUAUUGUAGAUGUCUUUGGAGUAUCCCUGCUCCAUACAGUAGCAUCUACGUCUGUAGCAAACAAGGGAAUAAUAGAGCUCUCAAGAAAGAUUGUAGAAGCUGGAGCCAGAGUGGACAAGACUGACCAUAAUGGCAGAACACCACUACAUGAUGCGGCAAGGGCAGGAAAUUAUAAGUGUGUGGAAGUGCUCAUCAAGGCUGGAGCUGAUGUUAAUGCUGUGGACAUGGAUGGUGCAACACCACUUCUGAUGCAAACUAGAUGUUACUAUUAUGAGGUUACUGAAUUACUGGUUGCUGCUGGAGCUGAUUUAACAGCAAGUGAUAAAGAUGGUCAGAGACUCAUACACCGAGCAGCUCUAGCUGGCAGCACUACGGGCAUUGACAAUCUUAUAGAUAUUUGGCCUUCAACCUGGGGCUGUGACCACCAUGGGAACACUAUUCUACACUUUGCAACCAGAUAUGGCCAAAAUAGACUUAAGUGUAUAGAGCACAUUGUGAUGCGGAAGCUGGUAUCUGUAGAUGAGAGAAAUAUGGAAGGACAGACAGCACUUGCAACACUUUUGCAGCACAGUUCACACCGGAGCUCUGCACAGCGUGAAGUAGAGAUCUUGCUGGCAGCAGGGGCAAAUCCCACUGCUAAGGACAACAAAGGGAAUACACCUUUACACAUUGCAUCCAGUGUUGGCAAUGUGGAGGUAAUGAAGCUCUUGAUCAAGGCUGGAAUAGACUUUACUCUGAAGGACAUCGCAGGUCAAACAUCCUUUGACUGGACACCCAGUGCAGAGGGUGUGGACCAUCCACCACAUCUAGCAAACCAGAAAAAAGUGGAAAUAAUUAAUGGAAAGAACAAUGAAGGUCUAACACCACUAAUGCUUGCAGCAGGCAAGGAUGUAGUCAGCUUACUCCUCAGGGAAGGAGCAAGUAUUAGUGUGGAAGAUCACAAUGGGAGGACACCUUUGCAAGCAGCUAUUGACCAUGGCAGUCAUCAUGUAGUAAGAUUGCUAUGGGCAGCAGGAAGUAACUUUCUGGACAUCCCACAGGAGUGUCGCAUCAGAGCAGUUCAUUUAGCUGUAAAAUCAGCAGAUUUUGAGGUGUUGGAACAUUUGAUUUCUUUGGGAAUAUCCUUAUCAGACUGCUGGUGGGAUCCUGACCAUAAGACAACAUUGCUUCAUUGUGCAGCAGAAUGUGGUGUGGAAAUGCUGAAGUAUCUCACAAAUCUAGGUCAUACAGAACAUGUUCCAGAUUACAAAGGGCACACCCCAUUACACUGUGCCGUUCUGUCAUCAAAUUACAUAGGAACAAAGUAUUUGCUUGGUGAAGCACAUGUACCAGUUGAUGCCAGGGAUUUUGAUGGAAACACAGCUUUAAUGCUGGCAGCCAGCAAGGAUCUGCAUUACAGUGAACUAUUUGAUAUGUUUGAGAUUCUGGUGAAUGCCGGGGCAGACAUUAAUAUUAAAGACAGAAAUGGUAAGACUAUGUACCAAUUGGUAGAGGGUGCUUGGGCUGAUAAGACGAGAGAACUACUGGAUUACAUGCAAUAUCGACUUUAAUUAUAACAGGUGUACCACUUAAAACUGGUACACCUCAUGCUCAAGAUUAAAGUAACGGUGAAGUAACUAAAAAAAGAAUAGAUAACAGUAAUGUUAAAAAAUAUGUAGUUAUCUAUUUAUAUAAGAGAUGCUUGAAGUGGUUGCCAUGGACAUCCAGGCCACUUCACACAAGCAGUUCGCCUAGAGACGAUUAAGUGGUACAUGAGGUGUACUAGUUUUAUGUGGGACACUCCUUACAUGGGCCAGUAAAAAGUCCUGAAUGUUAACAUAAGCAACAAAUGAAGCUGUGGGAUAAUGUAUUUGGGGUACUUACCUACAUAUGAUUUAUUUUUGUAUGUUUCAUUAUGUUUUGAAUAAAGAUCUAAAAACCAUAUGAAACACUUUCAGCUUGAGAUAUUUUAAGAAUAUAUAGAUAUUUAUAAAUGUUUUCUUAUGCACAAAUUUCAUAAGAAAUACAAG